GGGUGUAAUCGGCGUCUAUAAUACUUUUGCUUUUAAAAUGGUUCGAAGCCAAAGCAAAAGUAGGGAAAGGAAGAAGAGUGGUUCAGAACGAGGUCGAGAGAGGAAAAGGAAGAAUUCUUCUAGUAGUGGAUCAGGCUCCAGCACGUCCCGCUCCCGCAGUAGGUCUGGAUCUUCCUCUUCAUCAAGCAGCAGUUCCAGUGGGAGUUCUGAUAGCAGUUCCUCCAGAUCAGGCAGUUCUAGUUCCAGUCGCUCCUCUUCAAGCCAGAGUGGGAAAGGAAGAGGAGGAAAAGCAUCAAAAAGACAGCAGUCAGAAUCACCAAAGAGAAGAAAGAAGAGCCCAGAACCUAAGCCUACAAAGGUUCACAUCGGAAAGUUAACACGGAAUGUGAAUAAAGAUCACAUCAUGGAGAUUUUUUCCAAUUAUGGCAGCAUCAAAAACAUAGAUAUGCCCUUAGACAGAGUGCAUUCUAACUUUAGUAAAUUAUUUGCAUAUAUUGAAUAUGAAUCUCCAGAGGAAGCAGAAAAGGCUGUGAAAUAUAUGGAUGGAGGUCAAAUUGAUGGACAAGAAAUUUCAGCAAGUGCUGUGUUGGCAGCUAGACCAGCAAGACCACUGCCACGAAGAAGUCCUCCCAGAAAUAGAGGUCCACCACCAAGGUGGGGCCGUCCAGCCUCCCCAAGAUACAGGGAUAGAAGAAGGACACCACCUCCAAGACGAAGAAGUCCACCACCAAGGCGGCGCUCCAGAUCCAGGUCCCCUGCCAAGAGGAGGAGAUAUAGUCGAUCAAGCUCCAGUUCAUCUCGAUAAAAAGAUAUCAUCCACUUAUUAUUCAUAGCAUCAUGCUUAAUGUUCAAGGCUUCAUUCAGACAUUUCUUGCAAUAGUGACAGUGUUACACAUACACAUACCUUCUCAUUUUUGUCGAUUUUUUUCUCAGAUCAAUGAGGAUAAAGUGGGAUAAAGUGGUUUUUAGUAAGAUGUGCUCUGUCUUUCCAUCAGACCUACAUUCUUGUAUAAACUUGUUUUAAAUAAAAUUAAUGGUAAUCUUAAUUGUCUAUGUGAUUUGUGUCCAAGAUUGCUUAGAUACAUGUAGAUUUAACGAAAUUUUUUUGUUUGUUACAUUUAUUUAAAACAUGAUACAUUUUCUUUUGUCCAACCAUGAAGAAAGCCAUUAAAAAACAUAAUUAAGUGAAAA